CCUUAUAUUUGCCAAGCCAAGCCAUGGACUGCCUCUCAGUCAUGUCAGACACAUCUUGCCUCUCAGUUAUCUCAGAAACGCCUUGCCUCUCAGCUAUCUCAGACACACCUUGCUUCUCAGCUACCUCAGAUACACCAAAGAUUGACGAAGCGUCACCGCCUGCAGAGGAAAUAAACAAUACAUCGCUCGAUAAUCCAGACAACCAUCUCACGCGCAAAGAUUCGCCUGCUGCAGAGUUCAAAAACGACUUCUUCAGAGUUGACAAGUCUGCCGUUGCUGGCUGGGGCGCAUUCGCGGCAAAAGAUCUUGCAAAGGGAGAUGUCAUUUUGAGAGAAAUUCCCCUCUUCGUGGCCACAAACGAGGAUCUGUUUGACGAAUUCUACAAUCUUGACAGCAACGAUAUGAAUAUUGCCCUGAGCCUCCAUUCGCAUGAGUAUAUAAAGGGAGGCACGCCCAUAAUCCUCGGAAUCUGGCAUACCAAUUGCUUUUCUGUCGGUAGCCAAACAGCUGGCUUGUACCCAAUUGCUGCUCGAUUCAACCAUACUUGCUGGCCCGAAAACAAUGUUGAUUACCAAGUGGACCAGGACAACAAUCUUGUUAUGAUGGAUAAUCAAGAACAUCUCCAGAUCUAG